GGGGAUCAGUAGCAGUAAGGUAACAGUGUUGGGUUACGGGCUGCUCACCACAGAUGCACGCCCCCUGGUGGAGGCUCUGACCAGACAGAGGUUUAAUGUGGUGGUGGUGGAUGAGUCCCACUACCUCAAGUCCAGGAACGCAGCCAGGUCUAGGAUACUGGUACCACUCAUCCAGAACGCCAAGCGGGCCAUCCUACUGACGGGCACCCCGGCCCUGGGACGGCCAGAGGAGCUCUUUAUGCAGAUAGAGGCUCUCUAUCCUAGGAUGUUUGGAACGUGGAGUGACUACGCCAAACAAUACUGUAACGCCCACUACAGGUUCUUUGGUAACAGGAGACAGUGGGACAGUCGUGGUGCCUCUCAUCUAGAGGAACUCCACCAGCGUCUCAGUGAAAUCAUGAUCCGGAGGCUGAAGGUCCAGGUCCUCCCCCAGCUACCCCCUAAAAUACGCCAGCGCAUCCCCUUCGACCUGCCCAAAGACGCUGCCAAGGAGGCGAGCGGCAGCUUGGAGGAGUGGGAGCGCCUGAUGAGGACGAUGGGUUCGGGGGUCUCUGCCACGGACAACCCCUUCACUGAAGUCAUGGGGCUCGUGACACGCAUGUACAAACAGACCGCCAUCGCUAAGGCCGGAGCAGUGAAAGACUACAUAAAGAUGCUGCUGGAGACUGAGAAGUUAAAGUUCCUGGUGUUCGCUCAUCACCUGACCAUGCUACAGGCAUGUACCGAGGCUGUCAUCGAAGCCAAG